AUGUUGCUCUCAGGCUUCGAUCCCGAGCAGCAUCCCCUGCUAGAGGUGAUCCUGCGCCAGAAGCAGGCAGCCUUGAAGAGAGCAAAGAAGCAGGUGCGCAUCAGAGGCUGCUGGUCUGCUCGCGGUCACCCCGAACCCCAAGAUCCCAACAGCGCCAGCGGAGAAGAGAAUCUCGAGCUAAAGGACAACGAAGUCUUCCUCAUGGUGCCUUGUGACGGAGAGGACCGACUCGUGACGUGUGCAGUUAAGCUUGAAGGGGUUUCCAUCGAACACAACUUGGCAGCAUCCUCACCUAGUUCCCUCUGCAAGGAGACCGGGUGGAAAGUCUUGAGCGGCAAAGUGAUCAUUAAUUAUUCAUCUGACCGAGAUCCCUACGCAUUGAGGCUGGCCAUAGCCAAGGACACCCCAUCCCUGCGUGCCAAGUGCGAACCAGGUGUCCUCUUCUUUUCAAAGCUGGGACGCCCGCUUCAGGAACAUCUUGGUUGGGAUUUCGACGGUGAUUAUUUUCAGAUCAUCACCGACGAGAAGCUUGUGAAUUCUUUCUCCGGUAGCAUAUUGCCAAUGCCCCAACCUGAGUUAGAAGACACCGAGCUCAAAACCGUCCCUGUCGAGACGUGGGUGGACGUGAAUGCACAUUUCUUGUCCGAGUACCCCCCGAAGCUUGAAGUUUGUCGUGGAGAUUUUGGGGGGAAAGAUUUCAUGGGCCUCUUCCACUAUCAAUGGCAGCUGCUAGCAGGAAAGUGGGAUUUCAUGAAUGGGGGAGAUCCCGAGAACCCCUCUGAGACAGCGGCUGGAGACUGUUUCCGACUUGCGGCAGCAGCCUUUGAAGAGUUCGAGUCGGUGAGGGCACGGUCUCAAAGCAGCGGCCAGGAUCGUGAUCUCGACAAGGAGUUGGCUGACAAGGUGCGUGGCCGUUUCAUCGAAAGAGUCAAGGAAGAGUGCCGGAAGGCCGAGUCUGCCGCCCGGGAGAAGAAUCCCUACGCGUCCCGCGAAGAUGUGUUUCAAGAUGCUUGGGUUUGGGACUUGCGCUCUCAGACCCAAAAAGAAGCACAGCAGCAUGGAGUCGGAUUGGCCGAAGUUGCCUUAGCAGGCUGGCACCUGAAGUACGUGGAUCAAAAUGUGAGCUCACGAACAACGGAUCCUGACCCCAGCUUCCCCUGGACCUUGUUCCGUAAGGAGCUCUUGAUGCUCAAGGAGCAUGAUUGCCCAUGUUCCAUCCGCGAGCUUCGCCACAAUCAUCAUCUCUGCCGGAUACUUCAGAGGGGCGCGGCAAAGGAAAACCAGCAAAAGGUGGCUGAGGCGAUCAAGGGCUUGAAAGUCAGGAUGAAGUGCCCAGAGUGCCAUCAAGCCAGGGAAAGGCUGCUGGAGUCCCUCCACCUGGAAGGCAGCAUCUCAGACAUUGCCAAGUCGGUGAAGGCGAUUUCGGGGCGUGGUUCAGUGAUGGAGGUUGAUUGCAAAGACUUGAGAUACUGCAAAGACUACAUCUCUGAUGCCUUUGAUAACGGCCCACAGUCCGGCAUGAGGCUCCAAGAGUUGGCAGAGCGACUUGCGAAAGGGGAGCAGUCCGCGAGUGAGCUGGUCUUGACUGUUGUUUCAUUUCAUGGGCUGUGGUAUGUGAUCGAAGGCAACAAGCGAUUGUGGUGUCUAAAGGAGGCACAGACGCUAACGCAAAAAAGACUCAUGGCUUCGGUUCGGAUUCCGGACCUGUAUUUCGGGUUUGUUCAGCGACAGGACCACAAGGAGCCUGCUUUGCCAUACUUCUUGCAGAGAUUCAGCACGCGCUGCAAUGGACAACACAUCCAAUUGCAAACCUCAGAUCUUCCACAUGGGCCUUCCGUUUCCAAGCACCAUGUGCCAGGUCCAUCUCAGCAAGCAGAAGAUUUUACACACCCGGGCCGCCAGGAUUUGCAUCAGCAAGGGCAGAAAAGAGUGAUGAUGGGGAAGAUGACUGGCAAGUCCUAUGCGCAGGCGUAUGAGGACGUAGGCUACCGAAAGUGGGUGCUCAACAACAUGAACGACAGAAGUCAGCCGGAAAUGAAGGACCUGAAGAAAUAUUUUCUGGCACAAACUGACGGCGUAUCUCCGCGGGGUUCUCAAGCGGGGCAGUCCAUUUCCCAGCGUCAUGUACCAGGUACAUCGCAGCAAUCUGCAUGCCAGGACUUGCACCAGCAAGGGCAGUGGCGCGUGACAGUGGGGAAGAAGAUGCGUGACAAGUCCUAUGCCGAGGCGUAUGAGGACGUAGGCUACCGAAAGUGGGUGCUCGACAACAUCAACGAAAGGAGUAAUUCGGAAAUGAAGCACCUGAAGAAAUAUUUUCUGGCACGGACUGAGGCGUAG